CUCGGGGUGGGCUACGGGCUGGGGGUGGGAGCCAUGGACUCGGCGCCAGCUUUCGCCAUGGACAAGCCGUUCGCCCCCGGCACCGUGCGCGGCCCGGAGCCGCCCGAAAACCCUCAAAGCCGGAAAAACUUCAGCGUGAGCCACCUCCUCGACCUGGAGGAGGUGGCAGCCGGUAUGAACGGGACCCCCCCGGCCGGUCCCCCGCCCGCCGGUGGCGGCAAGGCCAUGCCGGAGCCGUCGGGAGGCAGCAGCGGCAGUGAGGCGGCGCCCCAGGACGGUGAGAGCCUGAGCCCAAGCUGUGGCGGAGCCAAGAGGAAGAAGAAGCAGAGGAGGAACCGCACCACCUUCAACAGCAGCCAGCUGCAGGCUCUGGAGAGAGUCUUCGAGAGGACGCACUACCCCGACGCCUUUGUGCGGGAGGAGCUGGCGAGAAGAGUCAACCUCAGCGAGGCAAGAGUCCAGGUGUGGUUUCAGAACCGGAGAGCCAAGUUUCGCCGUAAUGAGAGGGCAAUGCUGGCCAACAGAUCAGCAUCACUCCUCAAAUCCUACAGCCAAGAAGCAGCCAUUGAGCAGCCCAUGGCACCGCGGCCCACCGCGCUGACCCCAGAGUAUCUCUCCUGGACCAGCACCUCCCCGUACAGCACUGUGCCCUCCUACAGCUCCAGCGGGACUGCAACGCCCACCCAAGGGGUGAACAUGGCCAACAGCAUUGCCAGUCUGCGCCUCAAAGCCAAAGAGUUCAGCCUUCAUCAGAACCAGGUGCCAACUGUGAACUGACCAGGGCAAAGCCCACCUCAUGGCCUCAUUCCAGGAUACAGCGUGAAGCUCCUGUGCCAGUCCAGGACGAAUCUGCAGCCUGCCCAACCCACAUGCCACUCAUCCAAUGUGUCAGCACCUCUCCUCUCCUCUUCCCUUUUGAAGGUAGAGUCAGUCCCAGGACAGAGUGGCACAUAAUUAUAGCCACAUAUGGAGCAAACUUGGUUAGAAACUUGCUUUUCCGCGCACCCUUAUAAUAAAAGGCUAUAUAUACACACACAUACCCCCCACACGCUCUUCGAGGACAGACAGACUUGCCAAGGAAACAAGAAUUUGCUUCCAAACAUGGGAGGAUCUUGGACUAUUGGAUUUGACCAAUUUGGGUAUCUCACCCAGAGAGCCAAAGAGUUAUUGGGUCUUCUCCUCCCGCAGGGACAGCGCGCAGCAGUGGGAGGAUCAAGAGCCCCCCUUUCUGCCAGGCUGUGACUCGCGGCGCUCAACCGUGCGUGCCGAAGCAGACCCGCACAUUCACCUCUCUGUGCAUCCCCAGCCAUGGUGCUUGGGAGAGACUUUGGGAAGCUGACAGCUCACCCCUGCCACAGCCUAUCCCAGCCAGCCCCCUGCACACCACACUGCCUACAUUUAGGAGCUGCCUAUGUCAAUGGCAUCAGGCUUUCCUCCUUCCCAGAGGAGUGAGGAGGGCUGGAGCAUCUGCACAGACUUGCUCUGAGUCUGUGAGCUCUUCUGCAAGCUGGGGGGAGCAUUGCUGAUCCCCAGGCAGGCACUGUUGCCCUGCCUUGGUGGGUUUGUGAGCGAUUCUGCAGAGCCCCAGGUCAUUGAACCGUCCCAGGGAAAGAGAAAAUUGGAAAAAGCUGUUGGGUUUCAGCUGAGUAGGCGGCUCCCAGUGCUUCGUGCCAACGGCAAAGCAGGCUUUGCCUUCCGGAGGCACAGCCUCCCCAUCGGCAGCUCCACAGAUGUGUGUGGGGGUCUGGGGCUGACUCCAUGGGGGUGGGCUUUUUUGGUUUUGCAGAAAGGAAAUGGUUUCCCUCUUGUCCCACCCCGCUGUGCAGCUUAAUGAAGUUGCAAGGUGGGAUGUGCAGGGGGAUGGACACAGGGUGUGCAGCCUUGCCCCAGGCUGGCACUGCCCCAGUCCUUUGCCCACUGAGCCACAGAGAGAUGCACCCUUCACCUUCCCCUACCAAUACCACAGCACCAGGGGACGAGCUGGAGUGAUGGAGGUUUUACCCUGUGGACAAAGCUCUCUGGGAACCAGACCACCCUUUCCUCACUCACCACAAAGAGCCACCAGCUCAGGUGGGUGGCUUGGAUGGAGAAGACACCAGCCCUUCUUGCCUAGAAGGGCUUAGUCCCACUGAGGACUGUAGCAGUAGAUCUGAGAAUGAAUACAACAAUUGCUGAGGUUCUUCCUCCACACAAACAUCCUCCAGUGUGUGACACCAAGGCUGAAAGUUUUCCAACUACACAUGUGCCCACCCAAGUCCCCACCGCUCCCAGGAGCAUCCUCUCCCUUUCCCACUGCUCCCUUUCACACUGCAGCUGUACAUGGUACCCAGUGGCUGCAGCACUAGGACCCUCAGCUUCACCCCAGGCAGCUCUUGCCCAGGGGGACUCACUCAGCACCCAGAGCUGGAGACCUGGCGGUAGAACCAGGAAAGCAGCACAUCUCUUCUGGUUAGGGAUGAAGCAGCCCCUCCAUCCUGCCCCCAGCCCCAGCUUUCUCUGCUCCCCACAGUGCAGCCUCCCAGCUGGGGACAGCUGCCUCCUCCUCAAGCACAGUGGGCAAAGAGGGGGCACAGCCUGACUGACACUGCCCACCUCAUCCAGGGAGCAAAGUCACCCUAAAUACUCACCCUGUGCCCCACACCCCUAUUUCCAGGGCCAGUAUCCUCCACCAUUUCCCAUGCCAGAAAGGGAGCACACAGCUCCCCAUGCCACAGUGAGACACCACAGAGACAUGCCAGGCUGGGGGGAAGAUGGAUCCACUGUGAAUCAAAUCAUUUGCCAUGAGAAAUGCAGCUUGGGGCGGGAGGAGGGGUCUGGGGAGGAGGUGUUCCUAUUCCCAUGGAAAGCACAGGGCUCUUUUUUCGGUUAUACAAGAUGAAACCACAGGGAUAUAAAUGUCACUGCCUCUUUGAGAGCAUUAAUGAAAAUAAACCCAUUUAAUAGUUUGCAGAUGCCGUUUCUGUAAACCUAAAAAAAGCAGGGAAUAAAUAUUUCUUCACUAAAUAUCUAUAUGUAUAUAUAUAUUUGAAAACAUUUGCUCCUAAUCUUAGGCCCCUCCUUCACCGUGCUCUUGACAGCUUAUCACAGCUUGUCAGUCAGCGCUGAAGAUUCACCAAGACAAGAUACAAAUUGCACCCAUGGAGGGGUAGCAGGACAGAGGGAUUAUUGUAAUCUAAGCUCCCUCUCACCCUUCCUAUUUGUACAUUUCAAUUACUUGUAACAAGAUCCACGGUGGAUUUUUUUUUUCUCCUCUUCUGCAUGUCUGUGUUUUGGAAAUUUUUGUAAGGUUUUUGUAAAAACAACUCUUGUGAAAUAAUGGAGGAAUAAAUAUUUUACUGAGUAGAGACAUGUCUGCGUGUGUGACAGGGACAUGGCUCUUUCCUUGCUGGCUGCUGUGGUUUCCCCACCUGCCUUAGACAAGCACCAUGGGCAGGGGACCCGACAGCUAUGACAGAGCCACCUUCACCUGAUGUCAUGGUGGCACCUCACAACUUCUCCAAGACCUGGAUUUCAUCCCAGAGUCCCAAACAGCAAGUGGCCCACAUGCCCCAGGAGAGGAGCAGGAGCCAACAGCUCACAAAUUCCCCACGAAGCAGCAGCUCGUGUUAACACCAGCCCCAGUUCACACCACAGCUCUGGGAGCAGCACCCGACUUUCCCCCCAGCAGCAAGGGAAUGGGCUGAGAUGGGAUGCGGCCAAGAGCAGGCAGCAGAGCCCCUGGCUUCUAGGUGAUCAGGCCAAAUCCAGCACUGCAAAUUAGGGGAAACCUAUAAACACCAAUUGAUGCUCCACAGACAUUAGGGAUGAGACAACCCAUCCUCUUGGGACAAGUGCUCAUCAGUGACCCCAGCAGAGACCACCACAAAGUUAUUGCACAGCCCUGGGAGCCAGAAAGAGGCGACACAGAAGUCUGGACCUGUGCAGAGAAUUGGAGGCAGCGGAGAAAUAAGGAGAUUGUCUUCAACACAUCAUCACUGCCUGCACACCCAGGUACUUGAACAGAUGCUGCUCUGUCAAGCACACAGACUUAGUAAGGGCUGGGUGAACAAGCACUGGGAGCCCAAAUCAGCACUAAAUCCUGCUCUUUCAGGCUCCAUUCCGUGCACCAAGGAGGGCAUUAACCUU